AAAUGCUUGCUUAAAGCUUUCGAAUACAAAAGCAAAACAAAGCUUUGGCUUCAAAGCCAACUCUGUGUGUUUUCUAAACUCGGUUUAGUUCUGCAGCUCUGGAGUUCGAGACCAGUAAUCAUUCUUCUUACGACAAGGGUUCUGACACUUCGAAAUGCUUUCGAAACUACUUCUGAUCUUUGGAUUUCUGCUGAUGAGCUGGCAGUGGGCGCAAACCAUGCCCAGUCACAGCCGCUUGGCUACAACCGAGCAACCAGCCCAAAACGUCCAGAACUUCUCAGGGUUUGUCUUGCAGAGCAUCUUUGACCUGCCGCCCAACUGCAAGCCCGGCGAGGUGGCCACUGGGCCCCAUCACAGGUGUCGCCACCAGGCCUAAGGACUGGACAAUACUUUUAACGAGUCGUAUGAGUCUCCUACCUCUGUGGAAUGUACGCGAGAUGGAGACGUGUUAUAAGCUCUGCUUUAUAAAUAAAUAUUCAUAAAUAUAUAUUCAUAAAUAAACGAGUGCGCAUAAAUAUUA